GUCCGUCCGUCCCUCGCCCCUCGCCGCCGUCCCCGUCACCUGCUCCACCACCCCUCGGCCCGCGACCAGACGGACAAUCUUCCGCCCCGGUCCCCGAGCUCCGCCGUUAUCCCGCGCCCGGCCCCCCCGCCGCCCGCGCGAAUUCCCAAAUCCCCAGGGGCUCGCGCGCGCUCGCCUCCGUCCGUCCCACGCCCCCCACUCGCGAUCCCAUCUCCUCGCGCGGCGGCCGGCGGAGCCUAGGGUUCAGGCGAUGGAGGCCGCCGGGGACCGGUGAGCUCCCCUGAAGGCGGCUGGCGUAGCUUCCCCGUGGGCGCGCGCGCGGGGGGAUCCCGAGCUCGCGGAAACCCUAGCUGGCUGCGACGGCGGCCAUGGACGUGGACGCGCGGAUGGCCACGGAGUCGGACUCCGACUCCGACGCGGCGGCGCAGGCCGGCGGCACCGUCAGCGUCCCCGUCAGCGGGACCGAGACCCCCUCUGUGUCGCCGCCGCCCGAGGCUGCGGCGGCUCCUCUGGCGGCCCCGGUGGCCGGGCCGAGGCCGGCCCCCGGGUACACGGUGGUGGACGCGUUGAUGGACAAGAAGGAGGACGGGCCUGGGUGCCGCUGCGGGCACACGCUCACGGCCGUGCCUGCCGUCGGGGAGGAGGGCUCCCCGGGCUACAUAGGCCAGCGGCUGAUCCUCUUCGGCGGCGCCACCGCGCUCGAGGGCAACAACGCCACGCCACCCUCGUCGGCCGGGAGCGCCGGGAUCCGUCUUGCUGGUGCCACCGCAGAUGUUCACUGUUACGAUGUGUUAUCAAAUAAAUGGACCAGGCUUACUCCACUUGGUGAACCUCCUUCACCAAGAGCUGCACAUGUAGCAACUGCUGUUGGAACCAUGGUGGUCAUUCAGGGUGGUAUAGGCCCUGCUGGUUUAUCUGCAGAGGACCUUCAUGUUUUGGAUCUUACACAACAACGUCCGCGAUGGCACAGAGUGGUGGUUCAAGGGCCUGGUCCUGGUCCACGAUACGGGCAUGUUAUGGCCUUGGUUGGGCAGCGAUUCUUGUUGACCAUUGGUGGAAAUGAUGGAAAGCGUCCUCUGGCAGACGUUUGGGCCCUUGAUACUGCAGCAAAGCCAUAUGAAUGGAGGAAACUUGAACCAGAAGGCGAAGGACCACCUCCUUGCAUGUAUGCAACUGCAAGUGCCCGCUCUGAUGGUCUUCUUUUGCUCUGUGGUGGGAGGGACACUAACAGUGUGCCUCUUUCAAGUGCGUACGGUCUUGCAAAGCAUAGGGAUGGGCGCUGGGAGUGGGCAAUUGCCCCUGGUGUCUCUCCAUCACCCAGAUAUCAACAUGCAGCAGUUUUUGUCAAUGCUCGACUUCAUGUCUCAGGAGGGGCGCUUGGAGGCGGUCGCAUGGUAGAAGACUCAUCUAGCGUGGCAGUGUUGGACACUGCUGCUGGAGUUUGGUGCGACACAAAAUCAGUAGUUACAACUCCAAGGACAGGAAGAUAUAGUGCAGAUGCAGCUGGUGGUGAGGCUACUGGAGAGCUUACAAGAAGGUGCAGGCAUGCAGCUGCUGCAGUUGGUGAUUUGAUAUUCAUUUAUGGAGGUUUACGGGGAGGUGUGUUGCUAGAUGACCUUCUUGCUGCAGAAGAUCUUGCUGCUGCUGAAACAACAAGUGCAGCUAACCAUGCAGCUGCAGCUGCCGCUAACAUGCAAGCUGGAGGAACACCUGGCAGAUUUGCUUACAAUGAUGAGCAAACAGGGCAAACGACUACAGAAACAACUGCUGAUGGAGCUGUGGUUCUUGGAACCCCAGUUGCACCUCCUGUUAAUGGGGAUGUGUAUACUGAUAUCAGCCCUGAGAAUGCAGUGAUCCAGGGACAGAGGAGAUCGAGCAAAGGUGUUGAUUAUUUGGUCGAAGCAUCUGCUGCAGAGGCUGAGGCAAUCAGUGCUACUUUGGCUGCUGUAAAGGCCAGGCAAGUUAAUGGUGAGAUGGAGCAUUCACCUGACUCUCCAGACGCCACACAAAGUGGGAAGCUAAAUUCAAGCCUUAUCAAACCAGAUGUUGCUCUUGCAAACAAUUCAACACCACCUCCCGGGGUUCGGUUACACCAUAGAGCAGUUGUGGUAGCAGCAGAAACAGGAGGUGCCUUAGGUGGCAUGGUUAGGCAGCUGUCAAUUGAUCAGUUUGAAAAUGAAGGAAGAAGGGUUAUCUAUGGCACUCCUGAGAAUGCAACUGCAGCUAGAAAAUUACUGGAUAGACAAAUGUCUAUUAAUAGUGUGCCCAAAAAGGUAAUUGCCUCUCUCUUGAAACCCCGUGGUUGGAAGCCCCCUGUACGAAGGCAAUUCUUCCUGGACUGUAAUGAGAUAGCAGAUCUGUGUGAUAGUGCCGAAAGGAUAUUUUCAAGUGAACCAAGUGUCAUAAAGCUUAAAGCUCCCAUUAAGAUAUUUGGUGAUUUGCAUGGUCAAUUUGGUGACUUAAUGCGCUUAUUCGACGAGUAUGGUGCUCCCUCAACAGCAGGAGAUAUUGCUUACAUUGAUUAUCUCUUCUUGGGAGACUAUGUUGAUCGUGGUCAACAUAGUUUAGAGACUAUUACUCUUCUCCUUGCACUGAAGGUUGAAUAUCCUCAAAACGUGCAUUUGAUUCGAGGAAAUCAUGAGGCGGCAGAUAUCAAUGCGCUGUUUGGAUUCCGGAUAGAGUGCAUAGAGCGAAUGGGUGAGCGAGAUGGAAUUUGGACCUGGCAUCGCGUGAAUAGGUUAUUUAAUUGGCUUCCUUUGGCUGCCCUAAUAGAGAAGAAAAUAAUAUGCAUGCAUGGUGGGAUUGGACGUUCCAUCAACCACAUAGAGCAAAUUGAAAAUCUUCAAAGACCGAUUACCAUGGAAGCAGGCUCAGUUGUUCUAAUGGAUCUUCUAUGGUCAGAUCCAACUGAGAAUGACAGUGUUGAAGGACUAAGACCAAAUGCUCGGGGCCCAGGUCUUGUCACCUUCGGGCCUGACCGUGUUAUGGAGUUCUGCAACAACAAUGACCUGCAGUUAAUUGUGCGAGCACAUGAGUGUGUGAUGGAUGGCUUUGAGCGUUUUGCCCAAGGUCACUUGAUCACCCUCUUCUCGGCAACAAACUACUGUGGUACGGCAAACAACGCAGGUGCAAUCUUAGUUCUGGGAAGGGAUCUUGUGGUUGUCCCAAAACUCAUUCAUCCUUUGCCACCUGCCAUUACAUCUCCUGAGACAUCCCCGGAGCACCAUAUUGAGGACACAUGGAUGCAGGAACUAAACGCCAACAGGCCACCAACUCCAACCAGGGGCCGCCCUCAAGCAGCUAACAAUGACCGAGCAGGCCCUCUUGCAUGGAUAUAGCAGCUUCGCGGCAUGCUGAAGCAACCUGUUCUAUGUCUCCGUCAGUGGGUUCUGGCUAUAUUUAUCAUUCUGUCCCACAGGCGGAUGAUCUUAUGCCCAGGUGACAUGCUAUCCCACAACAACAAUGGCAACAGGAUAUCUUUUGCGGGGAUCAUCUAAGCUUAGCGAUCUGAGGGCAAAAGCGGAGAAGUUUUGUGGAUCACCGCGGACAGAGCUCUCCAAGCUUUUUCCCUAAACAUGACAAGCAGAGGAGCUGACCAUCGGCUUACCGAUAGAUCCUGCCUGCUAGGCUUCACCUGUACAUAUGCUCAGAUGCCAGCCGGCAGAUAGGUGGGGUGUAUGUUGUUUUGUCGACAGAUUGGAGGGGGUGGCAGAAGGGGAUGAUAGUGUUAUUGUACUAGGUAUUCUUUUCCUGUGUCUAGUUUCUUUUUCCCAACAUGUUGCAAAGUAAUGGAGUGGCCAAAAGGAGGAGUAAACUUAUUUGAUGGGGGCCUGUCUGUCUGUCUGCCAGCCCUUGUAAAAUAGCGGUAUUCACCUGUUUGUGUUGUCACACUGCCCCCUCAUCUCACUGUAAUCUUUGUCUCUGGUGCUUGUGUACAAUACCAUUCUUUUUUUUCUGUUUAAAGGUUUUUGGUGGUGGUGAACACAAUUGGUGUUUUAAUUUAAUUUAUUGUAGGUCUACAAGCUGUUCAGUUUUUA